UAGGAACAGUUCGGGUUGAAUUCGGAUUUUGACAGGUUAAAACGGAUUUGGGUCAAUUUCGGUUCAGGUCGGGUUCGGUUCAGGUCAAUAAUUUACGGGUUAUAUUCGGGUCGGGUCGUCUCUAGGUCGGUUAAUGUUCGGGUUCGAGUCUCAAAUACUCGGGUUAAGUCGGGUCUAGAGUUGGUUUCAGGUCGGGUUCGAACGGAUCGGUUAAUAGGUCGGAUUAGGGUCGAUAUUUUGGAUCGGGUCAGCUUUUGACAACUCUAGCUCUAGUAUACGAGUAUAAAAUUAUCAAUCACAUGAUAGCUCUUAAAAAUAAAUAAAAAAAUCUAAAUGAUAGUGAUGUGUGCUAAGGAAAAUGACAAUUCCUAGCUUACCCUUUCCAUAAUUAAAUAGGUCCAACAAAACAAUAAAGCAAAAUUAAAAAAAGGUGAUUUGGACUUGGGAAUUACGAUACACAUGGUUGACGGAGCGUAAUUAGCGUAAACACCUCUUUUUUGUUUUCUCUCUCCUCUUUUUUUAAACACACUUUUUAUCACUCCUCUUUCUCACUCACUCACUCUCUACUCAGUACUGCUCAUUUCUCCUUCCUCUUCACUUCGAUUUAUUUCCAGAUCUCUGCAAAACCCUAGAUUAAUAACUUUGUUCAUCGAUUAAUCGCCGAAAAUGGCGAAGAAAUUAGCUCUAUUGUUAUGGAUGUUGUUGAUUUUGAUUAUGAUUAGAGAGAGUAGUACGAUGUAUACAUCCAGAUUAGUGCACCGAUUUUCCGACGAGUUGCCAGGGUUUUCCGGUAAGAAAUUGUGGCCGGAAUUUAAGAGUAAAGAGUAUUAUCAGAGGUUGUCGAUCGGCGAUUUUCAAAGGCAGAAGAUGAAAAUCGGUCAUCAGCAUCAGUUGGUUUUUCCUUCUCAGGGUAGUCAAGCUCAGUCUUACGGCAAUGAACUUGGUUGGUUAUACUAUACUUGGAUUGAUAUAGGAACACCAAAUGUAUCUUUUAUGGUUGCCUUGGAUGCUGGUAGUGAUCUACUUUGGGUUCCAUGUGAUUGUGUCCAAUGUGCUUCUCUCUCGGCUACUCAUUAUGACAGUUUGGAUAAGAACCUCAACGAGUACAACCCAGAUAGCUCAAAUUCCAGUAAGCUUCUGACUUGCAGCCAUCGGUUAUGCGCACAGCAGGAAAACUGUAAAAGUCCCACUCAGUCAUGCCCUUACAGUGUCCAAUAUUUUUCGGAAAAUACAUCAAGUUCGGGCCAGCUUGUUGAGGAUGUAUUACAUCUCUCAUCUAGCAGUAAUAGCCCAUCAAGUAUAAAAGCUUCAAUUAUAUUUGGGUGUGGUAAGAAGCAAAGUGGUGUUUAUCUGGAGGAGGGAAUUGCUCCUGAUGGUCUGAUGGGUCUAGGUCCUGGGGACAUUUCUGUGCCAAGUCUUCUUGCAAAAUCUGGAUUAAUUAGAAACUCUUUCUCAUUGUGUUUUAAUGAAAAUUUUUCUGGGAGAAUAUAUUUUGGUGACCAAGGACUCAAUACCCAUCAGUGGACUCCAUUUCUGCCUUUAGAUGGAAAAUAUUCAACUUAUGUUGUCGGCGUGGAUUCUGUCUGUAUUGGGAAGGGCACUUGUCUCAAACAAACAAGUUUCCAUGCUGUUGUUGAUAGUGGGUUUUCUUUCACUUAUUUUCCAGAUGAUGUGUAUAAAAAAGUUACUCAGGAGUUUGACAAAGAAGUUAAGGCUGCUAGAGUGAAUUAUGAUGGAUCUCCAUGGGAUUAUUGUUACAAGUCAAGUGGAGAUGAUCUGCGUAAUUAUCCUUCUCUGGAGCUGAUGUUGCCAUCUGACCAGAGUUUUGUUGUCCAAUAUCCUAUGUACACUGUCAAUGGAGAUCAGGGAAUUGUGGGAUAUUGUCUUGCUGUAGGACGUGCCGAUGGAGAUAUUGCAAUUAUUGGCCAGAACUUCAUGACAGGAUAUCGCAUGGUGUUUGAUAGGGAAAACAUGAAACUUGGCUGGUCUCAUUCCGAUUGUCAAGAUCUAAGCAAUCAGAACAAAACGCCAUCAAUGCCACCAACAGGGGGUAAACCACCUAAUGCAUUGCCUAGUAAUGAACAACAGAGCAUUCCUGGUGCACAGGCCGUGUCUCCUGCUAUUGCUGGCAGGACUUCUCCCAAAGCCUCUGCUGCCUCAGCGAUGCAUCCACCAUUUUCAUCUUGGAUGCUGCUUUCCAUACUAGCUAUCUCGAUCACGACCUUUCAUCCACAAUGGUAUUUUGAAUCAGUAAUUUUUCUACACCUGAUGUAAAUACCAUCCAUGCAUUUAUAUCAUAUCGAUCCAAUGCCUUUACAUUUUUCCCUAUAAGUCAUUGGAUCUGUAGUAUACCUGUAUCCCUCUUGCCUCCCACUUAGGUCUUCUAUAAUUCUCGAUUAAAGCCGUGUAUAUAUAGUUAGUAUUUUUUCUCUCUAGAUGGAGCUAUGUUAUUACUAGGUUCUCUUAUAUACAACUGCUUAUUCAUAGAAUUUUGAAACUUCGUAUGGAGUAUAUAAUGAGCCUUUUUUGUGGGUUGUGGAACAUCGGUUUCUGGCAUUUGUUGAAUUUACUUGCUCAAUGCCGUGGCAUUAGACAUUAACUAGUGAAAUCAAGCUAAGAAUUCAAAA